UUCUAAAACGACCAAAUGUUAUAGGCCUAUCACAAAUUCAAGUGCACGGUUUUGGACAUGAUUUUGCGUUAUAAUUUAUUUCCGUCUUUUUGUGCUGAAAGUUGCGCGGCUAUUUCCGGAUGUUUUCAUCACAGGCCGUAGUAAUUCUCCGCAGCAGCUGACACUUCUGUAGUCAGGAGGAGAAGGUCUGGGGUCGCUAAGUAGCUCAGUAGCAGCAGCAGCAGCAGCAGCAUCAUGGCGGAGCAAGGCGGAUCUCCUGCUCCUGUCCAGAAUCCGCAACCAGUGCUGACAAUGAGCUGGCCAAUUACCAGGGAGUCUUACGAGUUACAGGAAGUCAUAGGCAGUGGGGCCACAGCCGUAGUGCAGGCUGCCCUCUGCACCCCCAGACAAGAACGCGUGGCCAUAAAGAGAAUAAACCUGGAGAAAUGCCAGACCAGCAUGGAUGAGCUAUUGAAAGAAAUUCAAGCCAUGAGCCAAUGCAACCAUCCAAAUGUUGUCACCUACUACACCUCAUUUGUGGUAAAGGAUGAACUUUGGUUAGUCAUGAAACUUCUGAGUGGAGGAUCCAUGUUGGAUAUAAUAAAGCAUACAUUUAGCAAAGGAGAGCACAAAAAUGGAGUCCUUGAUGAGCUCAUCAUUGCAACCAUACUAAAAGAGGUCCUUGAGGGACUUGACUAUCUGCACAGAAAUGGACAGAUUCACAGGGAUGUGAAGGCUGGGAACAUCCUGUUGGGAGAGGACGGCUCUGUUCAGAUUGCAGAUUUUGGAGUUAGUGCCUUUUUGGCCACUGGAGGGGAUAUGACCAGAAACAAAGUACGGAAGACCUUUGUGGGCACACCAUGUUGGAUGGCCCCUGAAGUAAUGGAACAGGUACGAGGCUAUGAUUUCAAAGCAGACAUUUGGAGUUUUGGAAUCACUGCCAUAGAGUUGGCCACAGGGUCUGCACCUUACCACCGAUACCCACCCAUGAAGGUCUUAAUGCUGACCUUACAGAAUGAUCCCCCCACCCUAGACACGGGUGUGGAGGAUAAAGAGAUGCUGAAAAAAUAUGGGAAAUCAUUUAGGAAGCUAAUAACCCUGUGCCUUCAGAAGGAGCCCGCCAAGAGGCCUACAGCAACAGAACUUUUGAAAUGUAAAUUUUUCCAGAAGGCCAAGAACAGAGAGUAUCUGAUUGAAAAGCUGCUAUGCAGAGCACCGAACAUAACCCAGAGAGCCAAAAGGGAGCCAGAGCAGAAUUCCAGGAGCAUGGGCUCUGUGUCAGGUUCGGAGAAAGAACUUGAUGCCGUCAGAAGGGUGAGGAGAGUUCCAGGGUCCAGCGGCCAUCUGCACAAGACGGAAGACGGAGACUGGGAGUGGAGUGAUGAUGAGCUGGACGAGGGGAGCGAGGAGGGCAAGGCUGCUGUCAAUCAAGGCAGGUCGCGAAGGGUCAGAGAGGAGAACGAAGAUGAAAACGAAGACGAUGAGGAGAACGCCAACACUAUUCCCAUUGAAGGGCUAUCCAUUCAGCAUCCACAGGUUCAACCAUUUGAGAAGAACACAGGGCCCUAUAUUCAAGGUGCUCUAAAUAUGGUCCUAAGGCUAAGCAAAAUGGAAGCAGGUUUAAACACCGUCUGAAAGCAGGAUAUGCAAGGCAAAUGUGCAAAACUAUGACGCACGCACACACACAGAUGUCUGCCACAGACAUGGACAAUGGAGUAUUUCUGGACAGUUUGAAGUCUGCCUGCUGCCCCUUGAAGAGCAAAAUACAGCACUGGGUGCAGUGUAGCAUAGUAGGCUCUGGGUCGAUGAGAUAGCAGGCAGCAUCUGAAGGGCCCUCCCCAGGCCCACUGUGCAACACACAAAGCCAUCCUCUCCACUGCAUGCCAACAGCAGGCCAACUGGAGGGCUGGCUACUGGAGAAGUGUAAUUAUUCUAACCUUUACAUGUAAAUAAAUGGACAGUUCUGUGAGCAGUGGGGCUGUCGUUAUUUGUCAGUGGCCGUGGUUCUAUUCAUUGCAGCCGUUUCAGGCUGUUUUCCUUGGCAGUGUAUGGGGAGCGAUGUAUCUUUUGCUAAUAAGUGGUUUGCUGUAUGUGCUAUGUAUUAAACCAAUCCUGCUCUGCGCUGAGGGCAGUCUCGCCACAGCAAAAGGAUUGCAGUGACGUGUGUCUUGGUAGAUUAAGUCCAAAGUAAACUGACAAGAUCCACACCUCUGAUCUGUGCUGAAACAGUCAGUCCCUGUCAUGCAGCAGCCCAGGGAGAGCAGCACAUUUAUCAGGACUCUCAAUUUCAAGCCCUCCUUUGGCUGAAGGACUUGUUCAGAUAAACUCAAAUGGCUUUAGCUUAGCCCUGUCAACUCCCAAUCUCCCAUAGAGCAAUAAUGGGGCUUUGUUGCAAUCGGUUUUGACACUUUAUGUAGAAUUAUGAUGUGGAUAUAUUUGCGGAGAGAUUUCUAUAUAACCCCAUUUAGUCCAUGAACUGUAAAAGCAGUUCUGGGAGCACUUGAAAGAGCAUUACAUUACAUUUGAUUCGCUGGGCUGAAUUACAUUGGUGACAUUGCACAGCUUUUGAAUAUGUCGUAAACUGGUAUAACGCAAUACUAUAUAUUCUCCACAGUCCUGAGUCAGUGCAGUAAAACAAGUGUUCCGUUAUAACACCAUCAUCUACACUCACCAUCUCUUUUCCGCCUGACAGAAAAUAUGUUUGCCACUACAGUUUGUAAUGCAUCAGCCUAAAAGACGUCUGCCGUACCCAGUCCCCAGAGGUUCAGGAGAUGACAUGGGCACUGGUCAGACUAUGAGUGACAAACAGGUCCUUAAGCAGAUACAGUAAAAGGGGGAAAUACUUUUGACGCGUGCCUUUUUUGGAUGCAGCCGUACUCGCAAGGACAGAUGACGGAGAACGACCGACCUCUUUGUCUGAGAGGACGGGUGGAACAGAUGUUAGAAACCCAGAAAUCCGUCUUUUAACGACGUGUCUUGAGUGAGAGCUUGACAACAGGAUUAAGGCUAAAGCUUCAUAAAAGUCAGAGCUUGGAGGUCCCUGUAGAAAAUGUACUGAGGGUACUGAGGGUGCAUGUUUGGUGAAAGGAAUCACAGAAAGGAAUGUUAUUUUGAAUAAUUCAUAGGGCAUCCCCAGGGAGCAGAGGAAAUGUUUUCGUACAAUUCUUCCAUUGUUUCUGUGCUGACUAUCUAGUUAACAUAAUAGUAGGACAAGUGAGAUAAGUGUAGUUUAUUUCCAUUCAAAGUGAAUUUAUGUUGUGGGAAACAGACGGGGAAAUUGUUGGAGCUAUCUAACCUGAUUCAACCUGAAACCUAUAGCAUUAUUUAAGCCCAUAUGGAAUAGUGCCGGCGUUGUUUCUUUCCAGUCACAAUGGAAUUACAGUAAUCACUCUCUUCUAGGUACGUCUUUCUAUUUGAAUCAGUGACUGAUCGGCAGUCAGAUGGGACACACCACGUUCCACCGAUCGUAAUAUUAUGUUAUACUCUUCCAUACAAUAGUAACCAGAUGUAUCUCGUUGUUUUUACAAAAGACUUGCAUUGACAAGUUUCUUAGGCUUCAGUUUUGUAAUCAUAAUAAUCAAUGCAGAUUUCAAAUGUAAUUAUAGUUUUAAUCCAACAAUUGCUUCACUGAGAGUAAACCAUGAACAGAGCUCUGGUGGUAUAAGAGCUGCGUCGUGUGGUGGUGGGGUUCUCUUGGGUAAAAAUACAAAACUCAUUUGAGAAACUUAAUUGCAUCUGAAAGAACAAACACAAGACUAUAUAAAUUCUCCUCCCAAAACUGAUAAGGAUGUUAAGGCUGAUUAGAAAGGGAUUUAUGCUAGCGUGAACCCAUAAAUGAAGGUUCUUUCGAGAAUUGUAUUCAGAUGGGAUGCUAUGGUGAGUUGACCACGGCUAGGGUUGCAAAGGCAGGGUAUGUUACUGGAAAUGUUCUAAUUUUACAUGGAAACUAUCAGAAUGUUGAUAUCUUUCAAGGAUUUCAUGUAAUCUAACACAAGAUGUCUAGUGGCCUUUAUGGGUACUUCAGAUUAUCUAAGGUGUCUGUAAUUAUGUCUGGCUCUCUGUGUGGCCUUAUCACAUGUAAAAUAUAUGACACAAUUAAAUAAGAUGAUUUAAAACAUAAAGCAGAAUGACAAAGCUGUAAAAUAUCCUAAAUAUAAACCAUGAAUUUAGUGAAUACCAUUGGUGCUUAAUAUGAGGGUUUCAGCAUAAUAUCCUUUAAAAAAUGUUUACACUUGUAUUUAUUUGACUGAGUCUAUGUAUUUGUUGUCAAUAUUUUGGCGGCAAACUGGUGGCAGUUGUGAAGUCAAUAGUUUAGUUGGGGGACUUGGAACCGGCAGGAAACUUCUAUUAAAAGACAAUAAGAAUGACAGGAAAAGUUUGAAUGACCUGGGAGCUGACAUUUUUAUUUAUUUGUUUUAAUUUUUUUUAUUUUGUACAGAAGAAAUUGAACAUUUGAUCUGCUCCAUGAAAGAAAGACUUUGGCACAGAUAUUGACGUUUCAUCCUCACUGGCAAUUGAUUGCUGAUUCAAUAGGGUAUGUAAUCAUGGGAGGAUAGAAGUCAGACAAUUAACCAAUAGAGCUCCAGGCAGAUGUGGCAUAUUUAUUCCGUCUGUCCAUGGGCUGGUGUUAUCAUGCCCACACAGCCCAUCCUGCCUUGUGUAGACUCAGACAAAAAGUUUUGAUUAUUGUGCGUUGCCGUGUGUAAACUCAUUCAUUUAAAACCCACGAGGAAGUCAAAUUACUCUCCUUUAUUUUGAAAAUUAAUUACUAGCACAUUAAUACUAUCUCCUCUCACACAGUGGGCCCGUUCAUGUAGGCUUUUCCAAGGCCGGAGCUCUGAAGUACUUUCCCUCUGACUCCAAACACUCCCCAGAUGUGUGUAUUGAUUGUUUGUUGGUGUUUUAAGAAAUAAUCUACCUGUCAAUGCCACACAGGAUUUAGAGUUCUCCUGUGUAGUCAGGGGCGGAGUGACCAUCUGACAUUUCGGACAAAUACCAGAUAGGCUGGUCCAUUUUUAUCCUGGUGGGCCUG